AUGUCUACAUCAUCUUCUUAUAGGCAAUUAAACUGUGGUAGACGAGGCAGAUCUCGCUCUUCUGCUAUAGAUCAUAUGUUUUCGGCUGAUCAAUACCCAGAAAUUGGCCUCCCGCUUGAUGCCUUGCCUGCUUCUGAUCCAACACCUUCUUCUUUUGGUCGAGACACAUCCUUCUGUGAUUAUUCGAUCUCUGACGACACAUUAUUCAAUCCAAACCAGAAUACAUCCUCUUUAUAUCAAAGCCCCGGCUUUGACCUUCCUGUUGAUGUGUUAGGCCAUAGGUUCGAAACAAGUCAUCGUCAUACCACUCGACUUGAUGCAAUUGCAUUUGAUUUUGGAUGCACUCCUUCCCUCAGUGCAUCAUCAUCUUGCAUUAAUGACGUGAUUCCUGUUGAACGUCAAUUAUAUUUCAUCUUACCUCAUCAGAAUUUUAGAAAUCUUAACUCUGAAAGAUUGGUUGUUGGUGGUUCUCAACCGAUCCUCCCUAUUUCUUCUGAAGCUGACGAAGCUUUGCAGUCGUCGUUUGAGCCAACCGAUGCCUCUGAACACCUUGGUCUACCUCUUGUAAAAUUAUCUACUCCCACAAACUCUUUUUGUGUGCCUACCUAG